AUGCCUGCAGCCGCAGGCGGGCGGCUGGCGGCGGCGGGCACUGCGGGGGCGGGUAUGCCGCCCGCGGGCGGCGGGCCCCAGGCGGGCGAGUUUGGGCAUCCGGGGCGGCGCGCGACUGACGUGCUGCUGGUGUCGAAUGCGCUGCUCUUCGGGCUGCAGCUGCUCACCAAGCAGGCGCUGACGGUGUGGGGGGUCAAGGUGAAUGCGCUGGUGGUGGCGGGGCAGUGGUGGCGCCUGCUCACCCCCGCCUUCUUGCACGGCAACCUCAUGCACCUGGCCGUCAACUGCUACUCCCUCAACAACCUGGGACCUCCUGUGGAGGGCGCAGCCGGGCCCCCCCGCUUCCUGCUCAUGUACCUGUCGGCGGCGGUGGCGGGCAACGUGGCCAGCUUCCUGGGCGCCCCCAAGUCUGUCAGCCUGGGCGCGUCGGGCGCCGUGUUUGGCAUCGGCGGCGCGCUAGCCAUGUACUUUUACCGCAACAGGGACAUCUAUGGCAAGACCAGCGACAGGGUGCUGCGCCAGCUGUGGCAGACGCUGGUGCUCAACGUGGUGUAUGGCCUCAGCAGCACGCGCAUAGACAACUGGGGCCACAUGGGAGGGCUGGUGGGCGGAGCGCUGGCGGGCCUCCUGCUGGGGCCGCGCUUCCAGGCCACCACGCUGCCCGGAAAGCGCGGCAAGUGGCUGGUGGAUGUUGCGCCGCUGCCCUGGCUCAGGUCGCAGCCGCGCCAGAUCUCUGGCAGAUGA